GUAGCAUCGAAAUAUCCCUUUUCACGACAGGGUUUUGAUAUCACAUAAUUUUCAUCUCCUCUCAGUUAACCACCAGAAACUUUAGGCAUGGAAAUCGGAAACAACCGAAAACACAUCUUCAUACUUUCCGGCCAAAGCAACAUGGCUGGUAGAGGCGGCGUCACCAAGACCAAACAAUGGGACCAGAUCGUUCCAUCAGAGUGCAACCCAGAUCCAACCCGCAUCCACCGCCUCAACGCAAACCUCGAAUGGGAACCCGCCCACGAGCCUCUCCACGCCGACAUCGACACAAACAAAACCUGCGGUAUCGGCCCCGGAAUGUCUUUCGCCAACGCAAUCAAAGAGACAGCAGACCAGAUCGGACUCGUUCCUUGCGCCGUCGGAGGUACAGCCAUCAAGGAGUGGAAUCGGGGAUCAGAUCUGUACGAGAACAUGAUAAAGAGGGCGAAAAUCGCCUCAUCUAAAGACGGCGGCGAGAUCAAGGCGGUUUUAUGGUAUCAGGGAGAGAGCGAUACGAUGGCGCUUGAGGAUGCAGAAAGUUAUAAAUCGAAGAUGGAGGAUCUGAUCAGGAAUGUUCGAGAAGAUCUCGAUUCGCCGUUGUUGCCGGUAAUUCAGGUGGCUAUUGUUUCCGGCGGCGAUGAGAAGUAUUUAGAGAAAGUAAGGGAGGCGCAGAAGAGUAUCGAUCUGCCGGAAGUUGGAUGCGUCGACGCCGCCGGGUUGCCGUUAAAAGAAGACAAUCUACAUCUCACCACCGAGGCCCAAGUUAAAUUGGGUCUGAUGUUAGCCCACACUUACAUUCUUAAUUUCAAAAGCCCAAACUCUUUCAUCCCUAAACGCUAAACCAACCUCUUUAGCCUCCUUACAUUGCAAAUUAUAUCCAACCUAUUUUUUUUUUUUAGUUCUCUCUUUUGUACUGGAUU